GCUAUUAGAGUGAAAUUUAUUUGAUCAUAAAACAAUACUUAUUUUGGAAUCCUCAAGCAAAAUGUCAUCAAAGAGAGAUAUUUGUGAAUCAAUUAACUUGGUUCAUUGCAAUAGCUCAGAACUUUAUAUUCCUGAGGUGUUUGAUAACUCGUACUCGACCAAGAAUGGAGAAGAGGAUUCAUUGUCGAUUUCGUUUAAUUUAAAAGAGAGCAUCAACUGUAUAGAUUGGUACAAGGAUAUAAUUGCCUUAGGAUCUGAUCAGAACCUAGUAAUAUUAUCAUCAAUAAAUGAAUUUAGCAAUAAAAAUACUGUUAAGGAGGAAAAUAAUCUUAGCUAUCUUUCAAAUACUCUAUCAACUGAUUUUCAACGAAAAAAUAUCCGAAUAGUUAAAUUGUUUAAAAAUAAUGAAUUGUUUGAAGAUUCAAUAAAGUCAAUUGAUUUGAUUCGAAUUACAUCAAAACUUGUUUUAGUUGGGUCAUUUAAUAGUGGGGUAUUAGUAUUGAUUAAUCAUUCGAAUUAUUUUUCAUUCAAGAAUAAUGCUAUUAUUGGUAAUGGUAAUGGCAAUGGUAAUGACAAUGAGAAAAGCUUCAAUGAUGUUGGAAAUAGUACAUUUGAAAAUGAAAAUUUAGAAUUUUUAAGAAUUGAUACCAAUAAGAAAAACAUUAUUAACUUUGAUAUUAACGAUGAGGGAAUAAUAUCAGUUAUAACUGAUGAUAAACUCGUUUCAAUCUAUGAUUAUAAGAUAUCAAUAAAAGAGCCAAUAAGAAUAUUCAAGUUAACGAACAAUGGGAUAAAAGUUAAAUUCAUGAAGAAUAAUAGAUCAAUAUUGGUUUUGGAAGAUAAAAAUAUAAUUCGAAUUUUGAAUUAUAUUGAUUUGAACGUAUCACAAUCAAACAAUCAAAAUAAUCAAAACAAGAAACGGUUAAUUAAAAAAAAUUAUCAAACAAUAUUUAUUAAUAAUUCAUUCAAUUUAAAUGAAAAUAAUGAAAUAUUAGAAGUGUUUGAAAAUAGUGAUGAGAGCAAUGACGAAGAAAAUAUUUUGGUGUUGUUUAAAAAUGGAAUUUAUAAGAUAUUCAGCAUAUUGUAUAAUGAGCAUAUUAAUGUACCAAUAAAAGUCGGUAGGUUAGAAGGGUUUUUAGACAAGGGAGGAUUUGAUAAAUUUGAUAGUGAUUAUGAUAAUUUUACAAGCAAAUUGGUGAGUUCAAGUUUAUCAAAUGACAAGAAUAGACUAUUGAUUGGCAAGUUAGGUAAAAAAAACUGUAUAUUUUAUGAUUUAAGAGAGAAUGAAAUCGAAUCAGCUUCAUUAUCAUUAUCAUUGCUGAGUAAAAAUGGUAAAAAUACUAUUAAUAGCAGCAACAAUAAUUUUCUCUUUAAUAAAGUGGAAAAUAACCAACAUAUGAGACAAUUAAGAAUGAAUUUGCCCAGCUAUGAAAUUAACUGUGGGUCAAUAAACCAUAAAGGAAUUGUUGGAUUUAUUUCAGGUUAUAAAUUGAUUUUAUCCAAGCCCUUUGAAUCAAACAGUUAUUUUUAAAUUGAAAGAGAAAUGAUUUAUUAAAGAUAUAGUUAUUUAUUAUUUUUAUCGAUGAUGAAAAAAAGUCAUGUCCGAGCAGAUCAAAGGUAUGCCCAGUCAAAUAUAGACACCAACUGAAUCAGCUAGAUAAAUAGCACCAAAACCAAACGAUAGACUUGCAAUGACCGAGUAUAUUAUAUAAUAAAAAUUUGAUUUGUUU